UUAGCAUGCUCAACUUUCUGAAAGACUUGAAUUUGAGCCAAAAUCCAAUUUCCUGUCCCCCAGAGAGCAUCAUGCAUCUUAGCAGGCUUCAAAACCUUUCACUAACUUCGUGUACAAGGCUAAAAUCAAUCAGUGAAAUUCCAAAUGGUGUCGACAUAGUGGAUGCAACUGAUUGUAUAUCCUUGGAGAGAGUAUGUGGCCUACUUAGUUCAUGUGGUGUACUUUACCUAAAUUGUGCUAAUCUGGUUCAGAUGGAUCCUUAUUUCAAGUUAGAACCUCUUGAAAAUGUUAAUGAAGAAAUUCUCAGAUAUUUGAAUCUUUCAAACUUGGAACUGAUUAGAAAUGUUACUUUUGGAUUAAGAUUCGACAUUGAGAAAUUGCAUUCAAAUGCAAUGGGAUUUCCAAAAUUCGUCCAAAAUGAUAUGGCUAAAAUACAACGUCUCCCACCUAAGAGGCUUCCAGCUCAGGGAUUUUACUGCAACGGCAUCUUCUCCACAUUCUUGUUGAGUGAACACAUGCCAAGUUGGUUUAACACGCUAAGUUAAGUGUGCCUUUCCAUACAUCAUUUAGGGUGACUAAUCCUGAUAAUCAUCGAGUUCGUGGCUUAAGCUUUUGCUUGGUGUAUACAUGUUUGGAGAGUAAGGAAAUUGUAACUGAGGGAUUUUUACCAUGCAUUUCAAUCAAUAACUUGUCGCGAAGAAUGAAGUGGCGGCAAGAUCCUUUGUUCCUAGGUAUUCCUGAAGGUGAAGAGCGGAUGAUGUGGUUAAGUUAUUGGGAUAUUGGAGAUUCAUUGCAACCCGGUGAUAUUAUUGAGGCUUUAGCCAGUGUGGAAUUUGAUAAAAAAUGUUUCAGUAUCAAGGAGGUUGGGAUGAGAACUAUAUUCCUGGACGAACAACAAUACUGGAAUAAAGAAUCAACUUUUGAAGUUGAAGAGUUUUCAAGGCCAAGGCAUCAGAAUUUGCUCCUUGUCAGAGUCUUCCCAAAAUGAUG